CCUCGACCGGGUGGGUGAGCGAGUAGCGGGCGACCGAGCAGGGCGGCAGAGCCAGGCGAUGCAGUGGCAGGAGCCAGACGAUCUCGACGUCGACCUCUGAAUCUGAUCAAGCAAAAGACAUUGUUCGCUCGCCCGCCCGUCUCUUCUCGGUCCUCCUCCCAGCAGCAAACUCUUCUCCACCAAAAAAUAAAAUAGGGACAGGGAAUUUGGAAAGAUGGUUCGAUACGCCUCUGCUCACGUCGCCGCCGGCAACCCCGACCAGUUCUCAAAGUCCAGGGGUGAAUACCUCUCGACCCACUUCAAGAACAUGCGAGAGGUCGCCGCUGCCUUGAACGGUAUGAACCUCCAGAAGGCCUACACCUACUUGUCCGAUGUCAAGGACCACAAGCAGGUCAUUCCUUUCCGACGAUUCGCUGGAGGAAUCGGACGUGCCACCCAGGCCAAGCAGUUCGGUACCACCAAGGGACGAUGGCCCGAGAAGUCGGUUCGAUUCAUCCUCAACUUGUUGAAGAACGCCGAGUCGAACGCCGAGGCCAAGGACUUGGAGAAGGACGAGUUGGUCAUCAAGAACAUUGUUGUGCAGCAGGCUCCUAAAACCCGACGAAGGACUUACAGGGCCCACGGUCGAAUCAACCCUUACCAGGGACACCCCUGCCACGUCGAGGUCAUCCUCGCCACUCCCGGUGCCGAGGUUCCCAGGGCCAAGGACAUGGACGACGUUGUCAUGACCGACAAGAAGGGCAAGGGCAAGACUGCUCAGAUCGAGGCCUAGACGGGAGGGACGUUGCGGGUUAGACGGCGGGGAGAAUUGGGGGGUUGAGGGAAGAGACCUCUUGUUCUCUCUCGAAUGACAAUGUAAUCCGGAUACUAUGGAUCAUUGGCGGUUCCUCUGCGCGUGUUUGGUGACACAAGGCGCUUGACAUCGGGCGCUGGGUCGGGUAUUGCAAUCCGUGGAUUCCAACGGUCUUUUGUUCGACGACGGAACGUUGGUCUCUGGCCGAGCUGUUGUCGGGUGUGUGAGACGUAUCCAAAUCGUUUCAGAGGUGCUUUGUUGCAGAGGCCGGAUGUAAAACAGCAGCGAAACCGUAGCAGACAGUUGCAGAAGUCCGUCGGGGGACGGCAUUGCGCUUGCUGGUCAGACCGAUAGAUAGAUUGACUGAUUGAUGGUUCAGUCGCAGUCG